UCCAGGCCCCCUGGGGAGAGGAGAGGCUUACCUCUCCAUGCCCCUUUUCCGGGAACUCCCUGGCACUGAGGCCGGAGCAACGGGACCGCCUCUGAGAAGGCUUGGUCCAUAGGUUGCUCUGAGCGCAGCUCCCGGACCAAAGAGCGUUGGUGAGGGCAGAGCAAGCCCACUACUCCAAGCAGAAGUUCUAGCCAGCCAUGGCAGAGGAAGUAUGGGUGGGCACCUGGAGGCCCCAUCGCCCCCGGGGGCCCAUCAUGGCCCUCUACAGCAGCCCAGGACCCAAGUACCUGAUUCCACCCACCACGGGCUUUGUGAAGCACACACCCACCAAGCUGCGUGCACCAGCCUACAGUUUCCGGGGGGCCCCCAUGCUCCUGGCAGAGAACUGCUCCCCAGGGCCCCGCUACAGUGUGAACCCCAAGAUACUGAGGACUGGCAAGGACCUCGGCCCCGCCUACUCCAUCCUGGGGCGCUAUCGCACCAAGACCAUCAUGACCCCUGGCCCUGGUGACUACUUUCCAGAGAAAUCUACCAAAUGCGUGUUUGACUCAGCACCCAGCCACUCCAUUUCUGCCCGGACCAAGACCUUUCGAGUGGACAGCACCCCAGGCCCUGCCGCCUACAUGUUACCUGUGGUAAUGGGGCCCCACACUGUCGGCAAGGCCUCCCAGCCCUCCUUCUCCAUCAAGGGUCGCAGCAAGCUGGGCAGCUUCAGUGACGACCUGCACAAGACCCCAGGUCCUGCAGCCUAUCGCCAGACGGAUGUGCAGGUGACAAAGUUCAAGGCUCCACAGUACACCAUGGCAGCCCGGGUGGAGCCCCCAGGGGACAAGACCCUCAAGCCAGGACCAGGAGCCCACAGUCCUGAGAAGGUGACAGUGACCAAGCCCUGCGCCCCCGUCGUCACCUUUGGCGUCAAACAUUCCGACUACAUGACACCCCUGGUGGUGGAUGUAGAAUAGCCCUGGCCCCCACCCUACCCCAGAGCCUCUGCACAUCAUGCUCCCACCACAGAUGCCCUGGGUCGUGGGCUCAGGACACCUCCUCCACCAGCUGGGCUUGUGGCCAGCCUGGCCCUGCAGGGCAGAGCAUACUUGUUUGGACAGUUGUGACCAGUUAUUUUUUCU